AUGAAUUUAUCAGCGGGUGCUUUACAGGAAUUGUGUGGAAUGGCUUAUUUCGAUAAUUGUUCAUCAUUUAGCCAUUCACCGGCGCAAUAAGGCAUCACAAUGGAUACAAUUCUGAAAGCUCUGGUGAGCUCAUCUCACCCGUUACCUGUCAAGCGGGCCAUUGUGAAAAAGGUAGUGGAGGCAGCUGAAAAAGAGGUAACAGAGGAACAGUGCCAGGCCCUGUACCAGCUCACGACACGUCUUAUUCUUCUCGGCGAGGAUGCUUUCCAGCAGCAAGUGGGCCUCCAGGUGCAGGAAGCAUAUGCACGGUACCACCGGGACGAGUUCGCCCGCUUCCUGAGCAAGGAGUUUGUCCAGGAGCUUCUGCACCAGGGAUAUGGCCCUGUAGACCGACGUGACCCGGCCAUCCUGGACUUCCUCCACGGUUGCCUGCGCCUUCUCAUUAGCUGCCCGUCCAUGCUGGAGCUGGCACCGAUUUUGCAGACUGAGGUGCUGCGCAUAGUGUGCGAGCGACCCGACGCUGCGCUCUGCGGCAAGCUGGCGGGGCUGCUCAGCGACUUCCCCCAGUGCAUGCCACGCGACAAAGCCGCCGUGAUGCUCUGCCAGCAGCUGGUGCGAACCUUCGCCCACUUCCAGUGCUCGGCGGGCGAGGAAGCCGAGCUGAGGCGGUAUGUUGCACAGGUGGGUUACGUGGCUGCGCUCCUGCAAGGCAUCUGGAAGGCAGAGCCGGCUACACUUCUGCCGUCGCUGCAGGAGGUGUUUGCUAUCAUUUCCUCUAUAGAUCCAACCUUUCAGCCGUCCAUCGCUCUGGCCAGCCUGGUGCAGCACAUCCCUCUGCAGAUGAUAACCGUCCUCAUCAAGAGCCUCACCACCGACCAGAACGUCAAAGAUGCCAGCAUGACACAAGCACUCAGCAGGAUGAUCGACUGGCUGUCCUGGCCCCUGGCCAAUCAUGUGGACACUUGGAUCAUUGCUCUGCUGAAGGGACUGGCUGCUGUGCAGAAGUUCACCAUCCUCAUCGAUGUUACCCUGCUUAAAAUUGAACUGGUGUUUAAUCGUCUCUGGUACCCCAUCGUGAGACAGGGAGCAUUAGCCGUCCUCUCUCACAUGCUGCUGAGUUUUCAGCACUCUCCAGAAGCUUUCCAUCUGGUCGUCCCUCAUGUGGUGCUGCUGGUGAAGUCUCUGCAGAAUGACGGCCUCCCCACUAGUAAAUCCUUCCUGCAUCAGUUCAUUCUGCUCAUUCACUGCAUGAUGUACCAGUACUCUGGGUUCCCUGAUCUCUAUGAUAGUAUCCUGGAAGCCAUUAAGGACCUUCCCAAACCCGACGAAGAAAAGAUCAAGUUUGUGCUGAACCAAAGUGCCUGGACCUCACAGUCGAAUUCCUUCGCCUCGGGACUGCUGAGACUCGCAGGCAAAUCAGAGACGGGGAAGACGGGCCUCGUGAAUCUGGGCAACACGUGCUACAUGAACAGCAUCAUUCAGACUCUCUUCAUGGCUACAGAUUUCAGAAGGAACGUUUUGUCUCUGAAGCUGAAUGACUCCAAUAUGCUGAUGAAGAAGCUGCAGCUUCUCUUUGCAUUCCUGGCUCAUACACAGCGAGCAGCGUACGCACCCAGGAGCUUUCUGGAGGCAUCUCGACCACCUUGGUUCACCGUGGGCUCCCAGCAGGACUGUUCAGAGUAUCUGCGCUUCCUUUUAGACAGGCUACAUGAAGAAGAAAUAAGUCUCCGGGCCCUACAACCAGCCAAUCCCAACACAGCCUCUUCUGAUGCUCAGAAUAUGGAUCAUGAUCCAGCUCAGACUGGGACUGAUGCAGCUUCUCAUCCCUGUAAUAAAUCCUUACACACCGAGGGGGAAGGACACACUCUGGUGGAGCGAAUGUUCGGAGGCCGGCUCUCCACGGGCAUCCGCUGUCUGCAGUGCCACAGCUUGUCUGAGAAAGAAGAACCGUUCACUGACCUUUCUCUGGCCUUCUGCCCCUCAGCCCGGCAGUCAGAGGGGACCGCCUCCGUGUCACCACGACAAGGGACGGUGAACGGGGGUGGCGAGAACACAGAAAGUACCUCAAAAGAUGAGCAGAGUGUGGAGAAGCCCACGACAGGGCCGGUACCAUCGCUGUCAGAUCUCCUGGAGUAUUUCCUGGCCCCGGAGAUCCUGGAGGAGGAGAACUGCUACUUUUGCGAACGUUGCGGCUCCUUGCAACGGGCUGAGAGAGCCAUGCGAGUAGUCAAAGCGCCCGAGUACCUCGUCCUCACGCUGCUGCGCUUUUCCUAUGACGCGACGUGCCACGUACGCCGUAAGAUCCUGGACAAUGUGGGAAUCCCGCCGCACAUGUCCCUGUCUGUUCACCAGCAUGCGCGCUCUUCAUCGUCACCGCAGACGAGCUCUACAGAGAGCGGUGAGAACCUGGCCAAAAAGCUCAAACCCUCUCACAGAGAGAAGGAGCGGGGUGAUGAAGCGUUAACAGACAUCAGCGAGUCAGGAGUGUGUUCGGUACCCUACGUCCUGUCUUCUGUCGUCAUGCAUUCAGGGAUGUCCUCCGAAAGUGGACACUAUUACUCAUACGGCAGGAACGUUAGCGACGCAGAUGUUAGCGAAUCCGAUAUGGUUUGUUCAGCGGCUUCACAAGAAGGACUGGACUGUGGGGGGCGGGACUCGUCGGACUGGUACCUGUUUAACGACAGCCGAGUGACUUUUACCAACUUUCAGUCUGUGCAGAACAUCUCCAGCCGUUUUCCCAAGGACACCGCGUACAUUUUGGUCUACAGGAAAAAGGAGGUCGGAGGACAGCCUGGGGGGACAAGAGCUACCGUUAACGGCAUGAGGUUCAGCGGAGAGCCGCCUCUUCAUAAAGAUCUGAUGGAGGCCAUUACCAAAGACAAUAAGCUCUUCCUGCAGGAGCAGGAACUAAAUGCCAGGGCCCGGGCUCUCCAGGCUUCCUCGGCCCCCUGCUCGUUCCGUCCCAACGGCUCGGACGAUAACGACCCCCCGGGUAGCUGUGGACCCUCAGGUGGGGGUGGAGGAGGAGGAGGGGGAUUCAGUACCGUCAGUAGACUGGUUUUCUGAAAAAGUGGGACCCACAUGCAAUCUUCCAGAGCAGUGGACUGAACUGCCCAUGCUGAAACACUGGACUUAAUGUACUUAAUAAUGUUUGACCUCAGCCACCUCAGAACAGUUUCAUUUCAUGUUCAUGCAUGCAGUGUUUUUUCUUACGUCUUAAGAUUGUCAUUAAGUGUUGUCAAAAGCACUCUGGAUUUCGAUGGAUUGGCAUCCUGUCCUGUCCGGGGUGUCAUGCUGCACUGCGUCCAGUGAUUCUCGGGAAGAACUGACCAGGAUAAAGCGGUGGAAUAAAAAAAUAUAAUAAUCAAUAA